CAGUCAUCUACCUUACCCACCACCGGCGAAUAUUCAAGAUGGCAGACAUUGACGAAGACCCGCCAAUCAAUCCCCGUACAAAUAUUGACGAAGACCAUGAUCCUAGCGACGAGACACAAGACUUCCUCCUCUUGGCAUCGUUGACCUCCAAGACUGGUCACCAACUCCCAAAACGUGGAGAGAAGGACUUCGAACGCCAUGGCACAAGACAUCAAGAUGAUCUCUUGAACGCUAGCAGACAAGCUAUGCAUGAUGCUUUAGAUUACACGAGGAUACAUACACCGAGGAUACAUGUCAGAGGGUAUUAUUACGGGGUGGAGGGGUUGAGUCGAGACGAGGUCGUGCCCGAGGAAUGGAGAAAAGGCUUAGACGAUGACCACGUCGUUGUGGUGGAGUCAGCAAAAGGACCACACUUCAGAACCAUGGGGAAGACGACAUUGGGAAAGAGGCAAACAAGUUUGUGGUUAUUGCCAGAAGAGGCGCUAUACCUGGUUGAGCGAGGAAAUUUGGACUUGUGGUGGCCGUCCCCGUCAUCUUUCAAGGGAAGGAUUGAUGAAGAAGAAAGCGAUAGCAAGCCAAAAGAUCAAGAUGCUCAGGAAGAGAAGGACGAAGGAGUCCCGAUGAGUCUUCAGGCUGCCUAUGCUAUGCUCAUAGGAGAUGAUAGCGAAAAAGGGAAAGUCAGUUUAGAGAGAUACACUGUCUAUGCCAAUCUCAAAAGGACGGGGUAUGUGGUUUUGAGGGCACCCGAGUGGGAUCCAAAGGCUCCUGUUUUGAGACCUGAUCAAGAUGCCCCGACAGGAUCAACGAGCAUCUUUACUUGGCUUUUUGGAAGACUAUUUGGCGAGGAAGAAGUCAGCCAUCCUCCAUUUGGGCCACUGCUGAAGCCUGGUAUGUACCGAUCAUACAAUUCAAUCUACCGGCAAAUCGCGAUUAUUCCAAGGCACAAACCGUCACCAACUCCGAAUAGCCUCUUGCCACCCCCCGAAUUUCCAUAUCGUGUUGUCUUUGACCUGUGGAAGGCCACGAGAAUUCCCACAUUCGCAAAGAGCAACCCUGGACUGCCCGACUUCCGAAUGGCGGUGACAGAUGCUCGUUUCAGUACUAUUCCGACGCUUACCCAGAUGGCCUCGUUAUUGGAAAAUACACGAUGGGAUCCGCCAGUUGAUCCAAAAAUACAAGGCCCUCACAAGACUUAUCAAAGACUGCAACACGGUUGGCGAAAUGUGGUUUUAGCCGUGGUUGAUCAAGGCAUUAUCAGCUAUCUACAUUUAAGCGAAGCCGCUUUUGGAGAAGAGAAGAUGUACGAGAGAUUUGAUCAUGGCAGCGGCCAAGGCGCAAAGCGAGGUGGUGCAUCAGCCCGUGGCAAUGGACGUGGAAGAGGCAGAGGUAAAGGCAGAGGUGGAAAAUAGAGGUACUUGGCUGGGCUUGGUUGGGCUGGGUUUGGGUUGUAAAAUUAAGGCUACAUAAUGACAAAGUUCAAAGCGCUUGGGGUUGGGCAAGGAGCGGUUCGUCGUUCAACGAGGGCGUGCCGCCGGUUAGCUGCACCAUCGCAAACAAAGAUAGAACAUGCCGUAUUAAAGGCUCGUAGUGCCGACCCAAUGGAAAUUUGCCGGUUGGAAGGAUGGCUACGCUUGGAACCUCAAUCAAUAGCGACAACUCAUAUCACCC